GUCGAGAGCGGAGCUUGUUGUAGCUGCCGCUACCGGCAAGUGAAUCCCAUUGGCUGCACAUCGUAGUAUAGUGUGUGCGUGUUUUCAAAACAGCAAAGUUUACGAGCCGAAAGUGCGCGUGCUUUGCUUUUUCAUUCUCUCACUUCUAGAUGUGUCAAGUGGGUGCAUUUUGUUUUUUACAUCGUCGUUGAACAUCGUGAGCAGAUGAGCUGCAAACGCGUCAUCUCUGUUCCAGCGGCGAUGGCGCCAGAGCAGCAACAGCAGCAGCAGCAGCAGCAGCAGCAGAGGCAGUACGGACAGGCUGACAGAGCGAAGGACUUCCCGUGGGUCGAGCAGUUUCGCAAGAUGGUUAGGAUACCAUUGCGACUAGGGACCCUUAACGAGCUCAUCAGAUUCUUCAAUAGAAACGUCAGCUCGAGCGCCGUCGACUGUCAGAAAAAAUCGUCCUACGCGGUAACCCUCAAGGAGAUCGUCAGAGAGGCUUUGCUGCUGUUCGUCUGCUUCAGUCGUUACGAGCAGCUACAGGAUCAGAACCGUGCGGUCUACCUCGAGCAAAUGUCCGACCUGCUGGCUGUUUACAUCGACCUGGAGCUGAUCGCAUCGAAGGGCCAAGUCGAACCACAGCCAAGCUGCAUUUCGACGAGACUCCUCACGACUCUAUGCCACUGCCUAGAUGAUUCGCCAGAGUAUUUAUUAGACACGCUUAUAAAAGUCCAGGGUAUAGGCGAAUCUUACUGCAGCAUAUUAGAUCCAAUUUUUUCAAAAGUGAUAAAAAUAACAACAUCGCCGUCGAAAAUGGAACUCGACGGCACCGCCUACGUUCGUUUCCUGCUAGUCUACCGGCUGUGGAAGCGUCUGCAUAUAAACGCUGCAGCACGUAAGAAUAUCGUUGAUUUAGCGCUCACGACACUCGAACCACCAUACAUCUGGUCCAAUGAAAUCUUCGUGGAACUUGGAGUUUUACCAUCGAUGCAGAAUAAUCUAUCCGACGAAUCACUGACGCAACACUAUUUGUGCCAAUCGUAUGACCUCCGUAAAGCCUGCGACCAAUUUAUCAAAUAUAUCAGGGGUCAGCAAAUCGAUGAGCCAACGGCUGGCAAUGACAGUGGGAUCGGCAGUAGCAGCAGCAGUAGCAGUAGCAGUAGUAGCAGCAGUAGCAGCAGCAGCAGUUGCAGUAGAGGCAGCAUCAGCGUGUCUAGUGAGAGAGAUCCGAGGCUGAGAAAACGUACGCUUACCUCCGCAAGUAACGAUUCGUCGCCAGUAACUUCGCCGCGUCCUGUAAAUACCGAGUUAUUAUUACGGCCGUCUCAUAGUAAUAUUAAUGAUAAUUACGAUACUAAAAUCAGCGCAAUCAUUCCUAAAUUAAAGUCAAAUAUCGACGCAAAGCCAUCGCGUACAGUAAGUAAAACCAAAAGUAAGCAAUUAGACGAGAUAGUUUUAAUUGAUUUGACGGACGAGGAGGUAACGAAGAUCGUCAAGCGCAAGAAACACACGAGACUCAGUUGGUUGGAAGAGGCCAAACGCAAUUUCAACAAGAAGAUCGCUAGCUUGAAAAUCAUUAAUGAAGCGACGUUAUCUUCCGGAAGAUUAACACCAAUGGUCACCACUGAAGUUGAUGAAGAAAAGGAGCAGCCUCGUCGUUCUUCCCGUUCCUUUUCCGAAAAAGAGACAUGCCCGUCGUCGGAAAGCAAAUCGGAAGAAGUCAGUGCCUUGUCGAACGGCUGCUCGGUAAUCCGAGAGACCGGCAGGCCGGCGGCAGUUGUAACGCCAAAGACUGAUAACGAAAUACCAAAAGUACAAGAGGAAGCGCAGCAGCAGGUCGACGCUUCGCCGCCGACGGAACCCGUAGCAGCAGCCACGCCAAUUGUGAGCCGAAGCAGUAGCCAGUAUUACGAUGGCAUCGAUGGCCUGACUCUUCUGGCGAGUGUCUCGGCGCAGCAGUUGGUAUCCACUACAAAGAAGCCCGAGCUCAAGGUCAAACCGUAUACGAGCUUUCAGCAGACGGAGAGCAUCGUCGACGAUACGAUGGACAAAGUCGCGUUGCAAGUUGAAGUUUGCUCGUACGAGAUUUCGCCGGCAAUGAAGCAUGACAAUACCGUCAACUGCUCGUACGUGUCCGAAGAGCAAGCGAGCUUCGAGGCCAAUGACAAUGCUUAUGUCAUUCUCGACGGCGACGCGGUGAUACUCAAGCAAAAGGCACCCAACAGCAAUCUCUACAUCAUCAACAAGGCUGCCGUUGACACUAGUAGACUCAACUACAACGACGACGACAAGAUGAUAGGUUUGCCCGAGUUAGCCGGGGACAUCAAGCCGGCACUGAAGAUGGAACCAAAUAUCGAGUAUCCGACUGUCUGUACUUCGCACUGUCCGCAUCAGAUGAGCGUCGAUUGUCCGUACGUCAGCUGUGCAUAUUGCAGGCCAUACUUGUAUCCAUCUCUGGUGAACGCAGACAAGGAUAUGGCGUUCGCAAGGUUCAAGGACGUCGCGAGUAAACUUCCGCUAAAGAAACGUAUGAAGGCUCAGAGGAUGAUGGAUUUCGUUCAGACGGAGAACCACGCACCGACCCUAGAACUUGGCGCUGUUGUCGAGAUUACCACUGCCGACGAUUCACGCGCCCGUGCUAACAAGGCGGACAAUAGGAUUCAUCAAAAUGUACCCAGUUGCUUUGCUCGAAGAAAACCUGCUCAGAAAAAGAAAAAGAGGCCCACAACCGGUGACGAUGAAGUCGAGAACAAUGUAUUGGCACCACCGGUUAAAAAAGCGAGGAGAAGCUCAAGACGUGGUCUGGUUGCUGUCAGUUAUGCCGAUUACGAACAUGAGUCUGACUGCAUUCCGUCCGGCAAACGCAGAAAGAAACGCAGCACACGAUGAAACGACGGAGGCUUGUUGCCUUUCAAGAGAUGACGAUGAUGUACACAGAAGAUUUGUAAAUACGAUGAUGCAACGCUGAAGAGUUUUAUGCCUAUUGUUUUGUAUAUUAUUUAUAUUCAACUAUCUCGUUUUAUUUGAUGCGCGCUUUUUAAAAAAAAAUUUUAAAGUUAAGUUAGUUUGCGUGAUUUUAAGAACAGUUCGAAUGGUUUCAUGUAUUUAUAUGAUUAUUGCGGUAUCAUUGAGAAGUGACUGCGACGGUCAACUGUGAAGUUUUUUGCAAUUAUGCAACUGCUGUAAGUUGUCACGCCAACGCCAAAUUAGAGCUGGCUGAAAAACAGGAUAUGCAGCAGGAAAUAACUUGCAAAUGAAAUGGUGCGAAAUGGCUUAUUACAAUCUACUAAGGAAAUAAAGUGGUGGAAAAGAAUUUUCUUCGUCGCACCGUUUUCUUGAGAGAAUGAAAUUAUUUGGCACGCUGCUAAAGCAAUUUUUGACUACAUUUUUAGCGGAAGAUAUGCGUUGCAAAACUUUUCUCUUUUGUACAUAAAAAAGCAUAAUUACCUUCAGUUCUUUCCCCAUUUUUGGUUGAGCCAUUAUAUCAGUGCAUCACGAAAACACCGAAAACAGUGAUGAAUAAGUACACAUACCUGCCAUAAUGAAAUAAUAGCCGUAAUCGAUUGCCAAAUAGAAAGAAAUAAUAGAGAGAAGAGUGAAUCGACAAAGCAUUUAAAAAAACACGAUAGUAACGCCUAGCUUAUAUUCCCGAUGGAUCGUUAGUUCGGCGUGGAAUCAAAAAAAAUAUAUCCGAACGAGUAAUAAUAAUAGUAAUAUUAAUUAUUAAAAAAUGACAAAGUUUUAAGAGUAAAGAGUAAAACUAGUCAACGGCGAGAAAUAUACAAACGCCGAGACAGUCCAAGACGUGUUCAAUUAGCGCUGAUGCGCAGAUAUUCAGCGUAUGUAAUGAUAACUUUAUACGAAUUUGCGAGAAAAAGAGGCGUCUUUAAAAAAAGCAAACAAAAAUGCAAAGUAUGAUGAUACUCCGAUCAAAAAAGUAAAUAAAUAAAAUUUAAAAUAUACGCUAGGAAAACUAAGUCAAAUUGUUUAUAGUCGCUAGGAUGAAAAUACGAUGCAGAAUACUGUUUGUUUCCUUUCUCCCAUUCAUACACACACGCGCGCGCAUACAAAAGAACUCUCAAUUCUUUUCACGUCAAUAGAGUCAAAAUAAUGCGUUGGGUAAUUAUCGCGCAAGUAAAUGUAUGCCUAUAACUAGAAACCAAAAUAUUCCAACGUAUGAAGAAUUGAAAGUUUGUGAAAUACAUACAAAGUUGAGAAAUUCCUUAAAGCCAUCAAUAGUACAUGCAAGCACGCAAAAGAAUACUUAUGUUACCAGACUAUAUAAUUUAUUAUAUAUGUGCCAACCAGACCAGCAGCAACAGGGCAGGAUGUCCAAGUAUAACGAAUGAAACUCCAAUAUACACAGUCGGUUAGUACGACACUCAAUGUGAUAAGCCAGGUUAAAUGUCUUCUGUUUUUAAAAGGUUUUCUUUGAAAUAACUAGAAAUGAAGUAUACUUAGUUGUUAGAAAAUGUAAAAGGCUAAAAGGAACGAUAAUUAAUAACAAGACAAGAUAUUCAAUGUUUUAAACUUAGAGUAUAAGUCGUAAGAGUAACACAAGUAUCAAUGGUAGUCGAAGAUGCCACUAAAACUUCAUUACCUCAGCUUAUGAUCCAAUCUCAUCUUUUUACCUUUGCAUCCCAUCUCCCAUCUCCAUACAUAAAUUCUCUGUGAUUUCUUGAAUACCAUUAUCCAUUGUUCCAUUAAGAUGUUGAAGUGAAAUACCUUAUAAUAAUACUAGUUUUCAGCUGUUCGAUAGUUCGAUCUGUCAAAAAAAUAAAAAAAAUAAUGCCAAAAUACGUAAUUCAGCAUCAGGGACGCGCUAAAUGUUAUAAUUGUACGGAGCAAAUUCAGUACAGAGAUUAAGAAAACAAUUUAAUACAUAUGAAGAUACGUAACAGAAUGAAUAAUUCUAUACCGCGGUUUUAUUUGACAAACGAAAUAAAAGUAAAGCGUGAAAGCGAUAAAAGUAAUGGUUGUUCCUGCUCUUUCCGUCAAAUGAUUUUUAUUAUAAUGUCAGGCCUCUAAUCAUUCUUGCGUAUACGUAAUGCUGAUAUUUUAGUCCUUUUUCAUGAGAAAGUCUGAUCAUCGUUAAAUUAUGAUUUGCAAUUAUACAUUAAAUAAAGACUGUAUGAUUUUUUUCAGUUGUCGCAAAAUGCGUUGUACAUUAAUUAAAUGUUUUUUACCUUGUUUUAGUGUAAUUUCGUGUGAAUACUUGUAAAUUAAUUCUUUUGACAACUGUGUUGUGGAACUCGAUAGUUUUUAAGUAUUGUGAAAAUAUUCCAAAUUUUUAUACUUAAAUGAAGUAAAGAUAAAUAACCGAUUGACUGUUGCUUGGUUUAUGAAGAAAAAGAGUCUCUUAUUUGAUGUUUCAACCAAAUGUGUUAUGUAUAUUUGAACCGUGGUGAUCGUCGCAAUCCUAUAGAGAGAACAAAAAUGAUGUUUUAAGCUCCGUAGACGUGGCGUUUUUCCUAAUCGCAAUGGACGUACAAAAAUAUAACGGUCUCGACAUGAAUUGAUUGUUCAUUGCAUUGUCGUCACCAGGUUCAUUAAAAUUGUACAAAAAAAAUGACAAGUGAAAGCGAUACGUUUACGCUCGUAAAACUAUAAGAGAAAUAAAUGAAAUUACGAUAAGGUAGAGUUUACAAACAAAAGACACAUCGGAUGCCUAUGGAAGCCUGUUGUAAUCUGUAUGGCCAUUUUGCGAAGUGAAAAAAGGCCUUCUUAAAGAAAAAAAUCAAUAAAUUAAGCGACAAUGAGGUAUGGUAUAAUUAUAAUGUACGUAUCGGUAUUUGUCAAAAAAAGAGUUUUUUUAUUGAUUUCUUUCAAAUGGCGUCACUCGCACUAUUGUGGCCUUCCAAAUUGUUGAAAAAUUUGUUAGAACAGUGUUGGAUUGAUUAACGUGCAUGAAAUAGUGAAUUGGCAUUAUUAGUUGUCGUUUUUAGACUGAUAACAAAGUCUGUUUAUUC